CCCGAUACCCUCACUUCAAGCGUCUUGUGGAUCCUAUUACUACAGGUCGCCCGUUAUUGCAAGAAGGGCACACUAACACAGAUCUUUACUGUUUUUAUUUAGUCUCGCUUGUGUUAUAAAUUAAUUAACAAUGAAGACGUUGGCAAAAGUUCUGAUGGUGUGCUGGUUGGUUGCGUCAGGGGUGCAUUCACAAGUUGCUGACAGUUCUACAACUCAAGUCAGUCCAGAUGGCAGUACUUCAGAUUCUAUGAGUUCCAGUUCGCCACCCCCCGAAGCUACAAGUCCCAGUUCGCCUGCCCCCGAAGCUACAAGCCCCAGUUCGCCUGCCCCCGAAGCUACCAGUCCCAGUUCGCCAGCCCCCGAAGCUACAAGUCCCAGUUCACCUGCCCCCGAAGCUACAAGUCCCAGUUCGCCUGCACCCGAUACUACAAGUCCCAGUUCGCCUGCACCCGAUACUACAAGUCCCAGUUCGCCUGCACCCGAUACUACAAGCCCCAGUUCGCCAGCCCCCGAAGUUACAAGUCCCAGUUCGCCUGCACCCGAAGUUACAAGUCCCAGUUCGCCUGCACCCGAAGUUACAAGUCCCAGUUCGCCUGCACCCGAUACUACAAGCCCCAGUUCGCCAGCCCCCGAAGUUACAAGUCCCAGUUCGCCUGCACCCGAUACUACAAGUCCCAGUUCGCCUGCACCCGAUACUACAAGUCCCAGUUCGCCUGCACCCGAUACUACAAGUCCCAGUUCGCCUGCACCCGAUACUACAAGUCCCAGUUCGCCUGCACCCGAUACUACAAGCCCCAGUUCGCCAGCCCCCGAAGUUACAAGUCCCAGUUCGCCUGCACCCGAAGUUACAAGUCCCAGUUCGCCUGCACCCGAUACUACAAGUCCCAGUUCGCCAGCCCCCGAAGUUACAAGUCCCAGUUCGCCUGCACCCGAAGUUACAAGUCCCAGUUCGCCUGCACCCGAUACUACAAGCCCCACUCCAGUUGAAGGAACUACAACUCCAGUCACAGUCUCUCCUAACAGCCCUAACACAGCUGAAACCUCAACUCCUGAUGCCUCAACCCCACCUACCGUCACUGCACGUCCUGAUCCCUGCAUGUCAAACCCGUGCCCAGUGAGAAGUCGGUGUGAGCCACGGUUUGACAACUAUACGUGUGUGUGUUUCACUGGACUGGUGCUACAGGACAAUGUCUGCAAAGAAGCAAAUGUCUUUCCUGCUGAGAUACGGGUAUUUCGAAACUUUACCCAAGCCAUGGCAGACAAGACUUCUGAAGAAUUCAAAAAGACUUCUGAUGAGAUAGUGGCUGAGCUCCAGUCAACGCUUAACAAUAAUACAGAGGGAUACAUCACCUCCAUUGUUUUCAGCCUCAGGGAGGGCAGUGUGAUUGCUAAUGUGCAGAAUAUCUACAGUCCCACAUCCACUACCACUGCUACAGCUGUUAAUAAAGCGUUCGUCAUAGCUGCAAGCUGUACUGGCUGUUUAUUCGCGGGAGCGACUCUGACUGACACUAAGUUGUGCUCUGCACCUGAUGCCUGUGACCCCAUCUCCACCACCUGCUCCGAAAAAGAUGGAAAGCUGAACUGCGAGUGCAAGUCGGGCUACGUGAAAACCAACUUCACUGACCGCUCCUGCGUGGUCUGUCCAUCUGGAUCUAAGGCCAAAAACAAUGAAUGUGUUAGCUGCUCCUUCGGCUACUCUGGAGUGAACUGCCAAGAAAGUUACAUGCUAGCUGUGGUAGUGGUGUCCUGUGUGUUGGGUGGACUUCUGCUUAUUCUCCUGAUAGUCCUCAUUGUUAUCUGUUGCAGGAAGUCAAAGAAAGGCUCCGCCUCUCCUGCUAAGAGUAGCCCUUACGUGGAAUAUGACUUUAGGAACCGAACGGUUCCGAAGAUCCCACGAGCAAACGCCAACAGCAAGGGCUGGGAACCGGCCAACCUGGAGCUAGUGGAGAGUGGCAGCACCCGCGCCCUGGUCAUGCCUGAUCACCAAAGCAACGGAAUGAAGAACUUUGGGAACCAGAACAUGGCUGGCAUUGCAUACCGGACACACGGCCACAUAAACCCCUAUUUUCAGAGUAAUGAGGGCCACUAACGGAGAAUACUGAAAAGAAUCCUGAAAUGAUGGAUCCUUUAUGGACGUGCGCCAUUCUGAACGGAAUUUAGAAUGGCUCGGAAUUUCCAAUUCAGCUAGUUCAAGAAUUUGAACUGAAGUGACAAACAGGACAAUAUAUAUAUAUAUUUUUUUGAUGCUGGGUUUUUUUUAUUCAAUUUAAUUUGUACAUAUCCAUGUUGUCACACAAACAACACAUUAACAUGAUAUUUUAUGAACGAUGUUUUUCCUUUCAACACAGAAUCCUCAAAGUGCCUUACCUUCAAAAAAUGCUUUAUUUAUUGUAUUUUACCCUCACUGUGUGCUAUGUUAGAUUGUGUAUUCACUGCCACAAGAUGGACAACUUGAUCAACACAAUUUACAAUUUGCUCUGCAAAUGAUGACUAAAGCGAUAAUCAUAAAAACACUUUUAAAAUAUCUCUCUAGCCCAUAAGAAUGGCAGUGUGCACACAAUAACAAUAACGUCUUAACAAUAACAACAUGAAGAACCCUAUUGUCGGGUGGUUGUGUGAACAAUAAAAACACUCACAGGCCAUCAGAGUCCAUCUAAUUUGACAGGCAUGACAUUGAAACCUGAAUGAUAUCCAUGAAAAGGUUUCUUUCAGCGUGGAUGGUUAGUUGUUAUGGUUAGAGUUCUCAAUGUACCGGUAGUUAUCUCCGGCACUGCGAAUAGGCUUGUAGACUGAAAUAUAUGAAAUAUUUCCUCUGAAUUGUAAACUCAGCUGAUUGUAUUGUCUGUCAUUCUAGUUUAUAUCCUUCCCUAUGUGACACGGCUUAAAUUACAACUCUUCCAACUAUUCAGAAAUUCCAAAUACUAAUAUAAGAAAUACAUUAAAUUUAUUAAAUUAAAAAAAAAAAAAAUUCCCUAUUUUCUGUGAGCUGUGAACAGUGAAAUCAGAUAGAUUGAACAGUUUAACAUGUUCCUAUUUAUGUAUGUAUGUAUUUGGUGUUUUAAUACAGUGUGCUGGUACCCAGUUAUGAUUAAUGGGAUUCAGAAAGGUUCCUUGCAACCAGGUUUGCAGCAUGUAAUUUGCCUGCUCAUCGAUGACUUUAACUACAGUAGCUUUCAGCCCUUUUUGUCCUCUUUUCACAACUUUUCAUGAUGUUCUUCAGCAGUCUGUGCCAAGUUUUGUAAAUAUGACACAUAGAGAUGAAGAAAAGAGAUUCAACUGUAUAUAAAAUGAGUACACUGUGGAGUACAGUUUUAACUGAGUUGUUUAUUAUAAACGAGAUGGGCAAUUUUGAAAUAAAAAAGACAAAUCAACAAUU